AUAUCGUCCCGAAUGCCUGAGAUCUGAUCCGUGGUGGUGAGCCGACAUACAUUUGAGCAGACUGAGGUUACUUCCGAAUAUGGCGACAUAUCUCCCUGGGACACAGCCAUUACAUGCAGCAAUUCCUCGCCAGUCUAUCGGUUUGUUGGAAAACGUAAAACCACAGUCAUCUCAUGGAAAUGACCCAAAAUCCCUCGAAAUUUGCAAAUACGAGAACAGGCAAAGAACGGAAGAGGAAGAGCGAAGUCAAAGCCUUGCUCUGAUUCAGAGAAUCUCCGAGAGGCACCUCACCAAGCACCAGGAAUCGCGAAAGCAACCACGAUCUAGAGAACUACAGCAAUAUCUUGAUGUUCUACAAGAUGCCAUCCCAAGGCCACCAGACGACUAUCUCCUACCUAGCACUGGACUGCCGACGAUUACCUUCCCUCGGCCCCGACUGCCACAACCAGUCAUUAUCCCCCAACGAACAUCCAGGACAUCGAGACCAAAGUUUUCGCGAACUUAUCCCCCCGGCUUGCAAAAUUGCGGCAUCGGCAAGAAUGAGUUCUUCAGAUUCUUAGACGAUCUCAACCGAGUAGACGACCAGUUAGUAUCGCUAGGAGACCAUGUUAUUAACAUUAGCGGCUUCAAGGGCAUGACGGGCCUCACCGCAUUGCAUCCCAUGCCGAUCUCAAUGGAAAUUGGCCUAGCAGCAAAGCAUGAGAAGCGGAUACCGAACCGCAGUGCAAUGAGCGGAAUAUUAAAAAGGGCGAAUGACGAGCUUUUCCGUCCAAGGGGCCUCAUCUGCGUUCUUGUCGCAUGUGAACAGGCAAAGCCGAAGGAGGCGAACACAUCACCUGAGAGAGAGGGACACGUCACCUCAACAAACGUUUUGGAUCGAAGUCGGGAGAAGAAGUUGAAAUUGCGGAAGAAAGUAGGGGCAAGUUUAAGGGAUUUCGGGUGGCCAAUCCCACCACAAGUCGAACUUGACGAAAAGCACGACUUUCAUACAGACCUCGACAACAAGCGGUCACCUCUGAGGCACUCAUAUCGAUCAAGACGAAGACGAAGUCCUAGCAGCGAAAGCGAGGAAAAGAGGGGACUAGGCCGAGUGAUAGAAGAGCACUACGAAAACGAAAACAUCGGCGAGGGUCGACAACGACAUGCCACAUCAAGAUACGCAGAAUUGAAGCAUCCAGCAAACACAGAGAAUGGGACACUCCCCCUAGAUGGCAAUAAGGUUACCCAUUGGGAUUUGGGUUGCAACCGACUUUCAGAUUUUGGCUUGGUACCAGGGAGAGUCGAAGUUGGGAGGCUCCCUACCGAUUUCUUUACCGCCGAGAGGGAUGAGAGCAUUUCUCUCGAGGAGGCACAGCAUACGGACUCAAAGACAAUUCGCUCCAGUGGCGUUCUACAGCGUUUACCCCCCGAUCAGAGAAAGACAUUGGAUUCGGUGAGAACCCGCUUGCAAAGCACCCAACCGUGA